AUGAGAGACUGCAAACCAGUGGCAACCCCACUUCCUGCAAAGCGAUAUGAAAAUCCGGCUCAUAACGAACCAUAUGUUAAUCCGACUGAAUACAGGAAAAUCACAGGCUCCGCUGGUCUAUCACCACCAACUCCUCAAACACAUGUUACGCUAUUUAAAAGGCUCAAUCAAGACUCAAUAGACCGAAAAUCAGUCACGGGUUUCUGCACCUUAUUGGGUGCCACACCAAUUUCAUGGACUGUCAAGAACCAAACUACGAUUGCUAGUUCUUCCAUCAAAGCCAAAUAUCGGGCAUUGGCGGCUGCAACUGCUGACCUUAUUUAG